AUGCUCAACUGUCUUGCAGUGUGUGGCAGCCUUCAUCCUCCUUUUCGUCUUGAGAUCGUGGCUGCCGCAGCGCCAGCUCAAAAAACAAGAUCUCGAUGGAGGAACUCGGCCCACACUUGCAAGAUCCCGGGCGAGAAGAUGGAUGAUUACAGCAAGUCAUCAGGGGCUCGUGGCAAGAAGGCCGCCGCUGUCAAGGCCGAGGAGCCUAUGACCGACGAAGACGAUGAGAGCCCAAGGCUGCCACUGUCAAGCCUAAGGCUGAGCCCAGGGCCAAUGGCUGCCGGCGCUGAGAGCCCGCUUCUGACCUCGACGAGCUUGAACGAUCCCGUCAUCGCCGAUGCUGUCGAUCGAGGCAACGAGUCUUUCGUCGUCAACAACGCUGGUGUCUUCGCAGACACCGCCAUACGGGUCCUAGGUCCAGGCGAACGAAUAGGUAGCUUGGCCUGGGACGGUGCACGAUGUCCACACUACAGCCACCCGGCUCCAGGCAAUCGAAGAGGUAGCUUGGGCCGGGUCGGCAGACAUCGUGUACCGAGGCGGGUGUGCUUGGUGACUGAUAUCAUCAACCUCGACAAGCCAUUGAUCAACGUUGACACUCCUGCCAACAGGACCAACGGUUACGGCAAUCUGCAGUACGAUGCCUACGAGCACCCCAGCGCUAAGCCUCGUCCUCUCCGUCGUGUUUCGGGCUACAGCUCCAGCCGCUCUUCAUCUGGUCGCUCUCUCCGCGACGGCUACCACGAAGCUGGCGGCUUGGGCAUCGAACUCAGCGAGAAGUCGAACAUCUACGCCCUCGACAACGGCACCACCCUUGGUGUCGAUGGCGACAGCAACUUUGAGGGACGCCGCGACAUGAUCAACAUGAGAUCGCCCGGCUUCUAUCUCAAGAAGUCGGGCUUCAACGGCAGUCCUUCGCAACGUCGCAAGUCGAAGGAGCACAAGCACCAGUCUGUUUUUGAUCUGGCCGAGCACGGCGUUGACAACGAGAAGCUUGACCUUCUUGUGGACAAAGUUGUUGAGCGUCUUCAUCCCACCAUUGUCUGGGCCAUGGAGAAGGGUGACCACAACACUGAAAGUGUCCUUACUCAUCUCGACAACGUUACUGCCCAGACUUCCACAACAGCAAAGCUUGUGUCAAGUCGACACUCGGGUCCAUCCGGAGUCACGCCUCGGGUCGAAGCCUCGUUUACCCUUGCCGUUCUCCGAGUCAACGCAGCCAACACCCUAACCUACCAGCAGCAGCAGGCCGCAUCGCAACAGACAUACCCCUCGCCAGCACAGUCGACUCUGGACGUGCAGCAAGUCUCAGAGCUGGCGGGGGCCAAAACCAAACGAUACCGACUUCUCUGGGGCUGCGGGAGUCCGGCAUCACACGCCCAAAGCCCGCAAGACUCCCGUGGCCCAAGAGAAGUCACAGUCACGUCUUUUGCUGGCGACGAGCCCGAGUCCGGUAUGACGCACCCGAAGCCCGCAAGACCUCUCAUCCGCCGCUACUCGGAACUCCUCGAUCCUACUCAACUCGACAGCCUGCAAGUCAGGAGCCCUAGCGGCAACAUGCUUACUGGCAGCACGUACAACCUCAGGGAAGAUCGCCCCCUGAGCGUUCGCGAGAGGCAAGAGAGAAUUGUGCGGGUGAAAGAGAAGGUCAAAGAAGGAGCAGGGGAUGGCAAGAGGCAACAGACGCAAGAAGGAUUCGGCAAAGAUAUCUGGCAGAAGUGCAUCCAGAGAAACGUAGCAAAUUCUGAGAAUCAAGAGGAUACUCUUUCUUAG